CACGGAGAAACACGCAAAGUUAUAAAACUAACAUGGCCGUCUAACAAUGUCAGAUAUUCGCGAGUUUAUUGACAAAAUCGCGGUUAAAGUGUAGCGAAAUGGAUCACAAAAAGUCACCAAUUCGUCGAACAAAGCGUCAAUCUAAAGUGUUAGAGGACAAUUUCUGGGAUUGCAGUGUAUGCACGUAUAGAAAUACGGCAGAGGCUUUCAAGUGUUUAAUGUGUGACGUACGAAAAGGUACAUCAACGCGAAAACCGCGCCUCAAUUCGGCCCUGGUUGCCCAGCAAGCUGCCACCCUUCCCGGAGCAUCGUCAGGACUGCCCAAUGGUACAGGCCCCAAACCGCCGCCUGGCUCCACGUCCGCCAAAAUGUCCUCGCGAAACAAGCACAAACACACGAAGAAGUUCGCACGACUGAAAAAUGUCGAUCGCUCGAGUGCACAGACACGCGAGGUCACCGUGAAUUCCGUGACUGUCGUGAUCACGGAGUACAAGCCCAAACCAAUUGUUAAUCGACGUGAGUCAAGUGACCAAAGUUUGAGUGAAAGUAACGAUUCGCGUAGCUAAGUUUGAAGUUUACAAAGAACAAUUAGCAAUUUAAUGAUGACCCCCCAAAAGAAGGGAACAUGCAGAAAGAGAAAACAUGAGAGGGAGAAAUUACCUUCAUCGCGAAUGGCGGAGAGUCUUCUUGUGCUGCUGGCUGGAGAUCUUCCCUCCCCCUCCUUUGUGGCAGCCAACAAAUCCCUUUGACUUUGACAACACGCACGACAUGCUCAAUAGUGAGAGAACCCCUUUAGAUGAGAGAUGAAAAAAUGGUUUGAAAGAAAGAAAGAAAAAAAAAGAUUAAGAGAGAAUUACUUAAACUAAAAAUCUAUAUGCAACAAGAAAAGUUUAAAUUGCAAAAAAAACAUGGUGUGAUAAUAAAUUUAAAGAAGAACUAAAAAAAAGAGAUGAGAGAAAAUGAAAAGUAAGUUAAUUAUUUUGGAUAUAUAACAGAGAGAGAGAAAGAGAGAUAUACUAAGAAAUGCUAAAAAAGUAAUUUAGUGUAGCACCAAGUGGUUUUCAUUUAUUCUGUGGACAGCUCAAGAAAAACAAGCAGCAAAGCAAAAACCCAUAGAGCAUUGCAAGCAUGGACAUAUCGCCGAAGGUGGAGUAAUAUAAAAGAGCUCUAACUCGUAGAGUUUAAAAUGUAUAAAGAAAAGAAAAGAAAAAAAAGAGUCUUUCCCAAAAAGAAAAGAUAUUCCAAAAUCCCACACAAAAUUCACGGAAGUAAGACAACCAAUUAAAGUGAGAAACUUCGAAUAAAUGUAAAAAUGAAAUUCAAGCAGAGUGUAAAACGCAUUGGGGAGUGUUACUUGAGAAAUAAAAUAUAAAAUUUCGAGAGUAAAUAUAGCGGUAAUAGCGUGAAUUUGUAAUAUUUGCAUUCACUGCCUGAUUUAAUUUCAAGAGAGAAAAUGAGGUAGAUUCUUAAAUCACAUUUGAUUCACUGCCAAAUCAGUGCAGUUCUCAGCUAUAAUUCUUACAAGACGCGCUCACUCUCUGGCAACUCACAGAGAUUCAUUAUUGCGUGAAAUAUAUUUCGUAUAUAUUUAGAGAGACACCCAUUUUGCAUCGAGUCAGAGGAAAACUGCACAUUUAUUAUACACCUCCAAACGUAUUUAAUUUUUGUCUUCCUUCGCAAACCAAAAAAAAAUAUAAGGAAAAUAAUAAGGAAAAUUCACGAACCCGAAUCUUUUCAAAGAAAAUCAAUCAAAAAUGCGCCAAAAUUUGAGUCUCUUGAGGAGGAGGACAAAUCAUUUUCUACCACCCCCCAUUUUAAUAUACACUAUACCUAAAUAUAACAUAAAGAAACUAUAAUACAGAGAAUAACCAUCAAUGAAAACAAUAAAUAGCAAAUAGGAAAUAUCCGAAGAAUGAAAUAGUGUAGUAAAUAUGAAAAUCUUCAAUAAACUUCAUUUUUUACUUUAAGCCAAGACUGAUUAAUAAAAUGAAACAGUUGAUAAAUCAACUUGUUUUUGUGUUAGAUGAGAAAUGAAAUAUGUAAUAAUCACCCCCUCGGGGCGGAUAUUAAUGCAACGAAAAAAACAAAUAGGAUGAAUUAUGAAAUUCCUUAAACUAAUUGAACUCUUCAGUUACAACAUUUUUUUUGUUUCAAACGACUGAAAAGCCAAUCUAAUAUUUUUUUAUUGAAUGACUGGUGAGAAUCUUAAAGUACAUUCGUAAUAUAUAUAUAUAUACACAUAUAUAUGUAUAUAUUUCAAAUUUGAAACAAAAAAUAAACCCAUGAUAUUGUAAAUAUAAUUCAAAAGUGAAGAGAUAAUCAAUUCACAAAUUCUAUCUUGUUUAUAUAUGAGAACAUAUUACAAAGAAGAUGCAUAAUUAAAAUACCUAUAUUUCACUUAAUUGUCAUUAUUUUGUGUAAAUGUAAUUUAAAUGUAUAAAAAAAAAUAUAUAAAACAUUCAUAAUUAAAUUUUUAAGUAAAUAUUAGAGGAAAAAUAAAUUGAGGGUUGUCCAUUUUUUAAUGACUAAACAAGCAAAAACAAGAGAAAUAGUAAUUACCACAAAUUUAUAGCUAAUACUUGAUCACUGUCUUUAACAAUGUAUUUCAAAGAAAUGAGCUAACGAAGAGGAAAGUCUUUUGGUGUUCGAUACUUUCGAAUUGUGUAGAAGUGAGGAAAAAUGCGAGAAAAUGUGAAUAAACUGAAGAAAAAUAUAUUGAUGUGUGUGUGAUUGUAUUAAUUAAAAAAAAAUAAAUAAAUUGAAGAGAGGAUAAAAUUUCAAUUGAUUUCUGGUCAGCCCACCUCCCAACAAACAAUAUACAAUAAUAGCAAAGCACUUAACAAUAUUGUAAACGUCAUUGUGACUAAUUUAGUUCAUUUUUACAUGGGUCUAAUUAUUAUAUUAUGAAUAUACUGUAGCAUAAAUCUAUUAUCCAAGGUGGUAAAAAAUAUAUAGAGCAACUAACUUCUUUCUUUUGUACCAACCACAAAUGCUGGAAAAAAAAUAUAUAAAUGAAUUUUUUGUAUUAGAUGUAAGAAGAAGAAAAAAAUAAACACUUGAAAGCAAAAUAGAAAAAAAAGAUGGCAAGAUAGGGUUAUUUUCUAGGAGAAGAAUAUCUUAUUUAAUUAUUUCUAUCAUCAAACACUAUACUAAAUAAAAUAUUUCACACAAUGUAAAAUCACAGAAUAUGGCGAUGAAGAGAAUGAAGAAAUAAAAAUUUAUGAUUUUAUAGUGAGAAAAAAAAGAUGCUAAAAUAAUUAUUUGUUACAUUAAA